AUGACCGGCCCGUCAAUUCAAGAUCGCACCAGCGAGUUUAGCUCCAUCCUAGGCCAAGCCCAAAAGCGGCAGGGAGCUUCGAAAGUUGGAACACAGCGCCAAGCGCUAUUGACAGAUACUCAACGGCGACAGGCCAAUGGAUCGCCAUCCGGAGCGCAGGAGGUAAGGUCGGGGCGCUCGGAAUUCGCGCGAAGGGCAAGGGACAUUGGGAAGGGGAUCACCGGAACAACAGCAAAGCUGCAGCGACUGGCAGAGUUGGCAAAGCGCAAAACUCUCUUCGAUGACCGACCCGUCGAGAUUUCCGAAUUGACAUACGUGAUCAAGCAAGAUCUGGCAUCCCUGAAUCAACAAAUCGCGUCUUUAUCCGCCUUGACCCAGGCACAACACCCAAAAAUAAACCGCUCGAAGACAGACCAGGAAGGCGAACACAAUGAUAACGUUGUUGUUAUGCUACAGGGUAAACUGGCCGAUGUGGGUGCCAGCUUCAAAGACGUUCUGGAAGUCCGGACGAAGAAUAUCCAAGCAUCUCGCUCAAGAACUGAAAACUUUGUCUCCUCUGUGUCAUCCAAGUCGCAGGGUGCACUCGAUUCGCAACGCUCCGAUUCACCUUUAUACAACCCUUCGGGGAGACGCACCCCUCAGCCCGGAGGAUAUCAAGGAAACUCCUCAGAUCUUUUGACUCUGGACCCCUCAAAUCCUUCACCCUUGGGACGGCCCUCUAUGCAAUCAGAUCAGCAACUCUUGGUUAUGGAGGAGGCCCAGUCGAGCAACAGCUACACCCAGGCCCGCGGAGAAGCUAUUGAGGCAAUUGAACGGACAAUUAGUGAACUCGGUGGUAUCUUCGGCCAACUAGCUCAGAUGGUCAGCGAGCAGUCUGAAAUGAUUCAACGCAUCGAUGCCAACACAGAAGACGUCGUGGACAAUGUGGAAGGUGCACAGCGAGAGUUGAUGAAGUAUUGGACUCGCGUUUCUGGCAACAGAUGGCUUAUCGCUAAAAUGUUUGGCGUGCUGAUGAUUUUCUUCCUCCUUUGGGUCUUGAUUUCGUGA